AUGGAGCCCGAGGCCCAGCCCUCCCCCGUGCCCUGCUUCGAGCGCCGCCUGCAGCCCUGCCUGGCCGAGCUGCUGGGCACUGCCCUCUUCUCCUUCACGGGCUGCCUGGCCCUGCUGGAGGACCCGGGGGGCACGGGCCGGCUGCAGCCCGCCCUGGCACACGGGCUGGCCCUGGCUGUCACCGUGGCCGUGCUGGGGGACAUCAGCGGAGGCCACUUCAACCCCGCCGUGUCCCUGGCCGUGUGCCUGCUCGGGGGGCUGCACAUCACUAUGCUCAUCCCCUACUGGCUGUGCCAGCUCUGCGGAGGGGUCAUCGGAGCUGGCCUGGCAAAGGCGGUGGCACCGAGCGAGCGCUUCGGCAACGCCAGCGGCGGAGCCUUGGUGGGCAGCGCGGCCGGAGAGCAGCUCCCCGCCGUCCUGGCGGCUGAGAUCCUGCUCAGCUCCUUCCUGCUCCUGGUGGUCUGCAUGGGAGCCGUCAACGGCAGGACCAGCACCCCGCUGGCCCCGCUCUGCAUCGGCCUCACCGUCACCGCCGGCAUCCUGGCGGGGGGCGGCGUGUCGGGAGCCUGCAUGAACCCAGCCCGAGCCUUCGGGCCAGCUCUGGUGGCAAACUGCUGGAACUACCACUGGGUCUACUGGGUAGGGCCCAUGGUGGCCGCGCUCCUCGUCGUGGGGCUGGUGAGGCUCCUGCUGGGUGACCAGGCCACCCGCCUGCUCCUGAAGUGACAGCGGGCACAGGGCCCCAUCCGUGGGCAGCGGGUGCAGCCCAGCCCAGCCAGCCUGGAACCUUCUGCCCCUGCUCCUUGCCCUUCAUCCUGGCCCCCUUGGCACUCCCUGGCACCUGUGGGCCAGCCACGGUUCCUGUGCUGCUGAGGGAGGAUGGAAACCUUGCUCUGCCAGCCCUGCCAUGGCACUGCCUCACCGGGAGCACCCUCUGACAGCACCAGGCUCCCUGGUGCCCCAGGCUGCUCUGGCACUGCCCCUGUGCCAUGUCUGACCCCCAGAGCUGUGCCCGGGCACCCACAGGGCCAGGAGCCCUGUGCCCCCUGGGUGGGCACACACCAAGCCA